UAAAUCUUUUCUUUCUCUUCAACGAGACAAUAUACAUUGUUUCAAUCAAUUAUCCACAGUGCAACUCUACACUCGCGAUCAAUACAACUUCUAAAUAUAUACGUAUAUAUAACGACGAUCACGCACGAUGCGCGAAGCUCGCGCGUUUAGACUGUAACUAUUCUAACUUUAGAAACAGCCUGACCAAAUAACACCCACCACAUUUAUUUUAUACUCACUUUGAUUCAAGAAUUGGCGCAUUACAUCAAUCCGGAGUACUUUUUCGCACUAAUACUAAGGAGAAAAUCAAGAAUGCACUUUGUACGAUUGCUGUCAGGAUAUGAUAUGCCCACAGUGGGACUGGGAACAUGGCAGGCUAAAUCAGAAGAAAUAGAAACUGUUGUAAUCACUGCUUUAGAAUGUGGUUACAGACAUAUAGAUACAGCUGCAAAUUAUAACAAUGAAGAUGCAAUUGGUAAAGCUUUAAAGAAAUGGUUUGAGAAAGGUGGCAGCAGAGAAGAACUUUUUAUCACAACAAAACUACCUCACUUUGGUAAUCGACCAUCCGAUGUGGAAAAAUUCAUUAAGUUAUCAUUGGAUAAACUUGGAUUGGAUUAUUUAGAUAUGUAUCUUGUUCAUAUGCCUUUUGCAUUUAAGUUAGAUGAAGCAACAUGUGCUGCAGCUACUCACGAAGAUGGAAGUUACAUACUCGAUUUUGAUACAGAUCCUGUCUUAGUAUGGAAGGAAAUGGAGAAUCAAGUUAAAUCAGGACGUACCAGGUCUAUAGGUUUAAGCAACUUCAAUGAAGAACAGAUUUCACUUAUUUGGGAAAAUGCACAAAUUAAACCGAGUAAUCUGCAGGUCGAGUUACAUGCAUACAUGCAGCAGAAGUCAAUUCGAGAAUUAUGUAAAAAGUACAAUAUUGUUAUAACUGGUUAUAGCCCAUUGGGAUCUCCAGGUGCAAAAGUGCAUUUCCAAACAAAAUAUAAUUACACCACAGAAGCAUUUCCUGAUUUACUAAACCAUUCGGUAGUACAAAAUAUUGCCGAGAGGCAUAAAAAGAGUACGGCACAAGUUUUAUUGCGUCAUCUGUUACAAUUGGGAAUUGUAAUUAUUCCCAAGAGUGCUUCUCCGGAAAGAAUUAAAUCAAAUAUCGAUAUAUUUGAUUUUACCUUGACAGAUGAUGAUAUGAAUCUCUUGAACGACUUAGAUAAAGGCGCUGCUGGACGAAUCUUUAAUUUCUUAUUUUUUAAAGGGGUCCAAGAUCAUCCACAUUAUCCAUUUAAAAGUGAACUUGCAUAAUGUUUUAAAUUAUAAAAUAUGCGUUAUUAGUUUAAAAUAAAAAA